AUGAUUCGAAGUGUUGUUGGUCUCCUUGCCCUCUGGGCAGGCGUACAAGCCGCGCCUACACGACGCGAUACAUCGAGUCCUGUCGUGAGCGUUAAGAACGGAUCCUAUGCCGGAGUCACGAACACGAAGUACAACCAAGACUUCUUCCUGGGUAUUCCUUAUGCGCAGCAGCCUGUUGGAGACCUGCGGUUUACGGUGCCUCAGUCGUUGAAUGAGACUUGGGAUGGGGAGCGCGAUGCAAAGGCGUAUUCGGAUAUUUGUGUGGGAUAUGGAACGGAUUCAAUUUGGUAUCCUAUGUCUGAGGCAUGUCUUACACUCAAUGUCAUCCGCGAUUCAUCAGUAGAUGAAAACUCGAAACUCCCCGUUGGUGUCUGGAUCCACGGCGGAGGCUUCUAUCAGGGCUCCGGCGCAGACGAGCGAUACAACAUGUCUGCUAUCGUCUCCAAUGCCAAUAAAAUCGGAAAACCCUUCAUCGCGGUGACAAUCAACUACCGCCUGUCCACCUGGGGUUUCCUCAGCUCACACGAAGUCGCAGAAAGCGGCAAUACGAACCUCGGACUGCGCGACCAGCGCCUCGCACUGCACUGGAUUCGUGAGAACAUCGCCUCCUUUGGAGGCGACCCCGACAAAGUUACCAUCUGGGGCGAAUCUGCCGGCGCUAUGUCAGUGGGCUACCAUCUAACCGCGUACGGUGGACGAGACGAUCGCUUGUUUCGCGGGGGGAUUAUGGAGUCCGGAGGAUCGAUUUCCGCUAGCGCACUUGGUGACGAGACGUCGUACCAGGAUGAGUUUGAUGCGUUGGUUAAGGAAAUUGGGUGUGAGGGGUCUGGGAAGGGGGCGUUGCAGUGUUUGCGGGAGGUGCCGUUUGAGGAGUUGAAUGGGGCGCUGAAUGGGACGGGUGGCUCGCCGGCGUAUGGGUUCUCGCCGGUCAUUGAUGGGGAUUUUAUAAGGAAGAGGGGGAGUGUGUCGUUGAACGACCACGAGUUCGUGCAGGUUCCUGUUAUCGCCGGGACGAAUUCAGAUGAGGGGACCUCGUUUGGACCGACGGGGAUUAACACGACAGACCAGUUCUACGAUUACUUGACCGGCAACCAAUCCGACCCUCCCCUCCCCUCCCCCGUCGCCAAAAACCUCCUAUCCCUCUACCCCGAUGACCCGUCGCAAGGCAUCCCAGCGUACCUCGGCGAUGCCCGCAUCGCCUCAAAGGGCCUGCAAUGGCGCCGCACAAACGCCUACGCCGGCGACUACAUGAUGCACGCGAACCGCCGGCGGCAAUGCGAAGUCUGGGCCGAGACAUCCACGCCCGCUUACUGCUACCGGUUCAACGUGCGCAGCGCAGACAUGCCGUAUACCUCUGGGUCGGCGCACUUCGAAGAAGUCGCGUUCGUCUUCAACAACAUCGCGGGACUGGGAUAUCACUACGGGAAGCCGUUUAAGGCGGAGACGCCGGAGAGUUGGGUGCGGUUGAGCGAGAUGAUGGCGAGUAUGUGGGCGGGGUUUAUUUAUGAGUUGGAUCCGAAUGGUGUUGGGUUGUAUUCUGGGGAUUUUGUGAGGUGGGAUGGGUAUGCGGAUGGGAACGAGGUGGAUAUCUUGUUUGAUGCGGAUGCGAAUGCGACGACCAGUCGGAUGGAGGGGGAUACGUGGCGGGGGGAUGCGAUUGAGUAUAUUAAUUCGAUUGCUGAUGUGUAUGAGCGGUAG